AUGAAGUCAUCAUUGGUUUUUUUCACCUUAUGCAUUCUUUUCACAGUUUUCGCCACGGUUUCUGCUUCUGUGACGUAUAAACCAAGAAAACGAACAAUUGGCGAGUGGAGGGUUGCCAGAGCAACAUUAAUGGAACAUUAUUUUGUCAAACGUGAUGGCGAAAACGAUGGCAACAACACUAAUGUAAAUACCGGUGAUAAUACCAACAACGUCAAUGAUAAUCAAAUUGAGUAUAGUGACGACCCAGUAACUGCAACAUAUGUAAAUGAUGAUGCGAAUAGUACGAAUCCUGGGGAUCCAAAUCCUUUGGUAGAUGGUGAGAGUAGGAAAAAGGCUAACACCACCACAUCCCAAGGUCAAGGUCAAAAUGUAGGAGCAAAAAUAACCUUUUUUGAAGGCAACACACUUAAAAAUGCAUUUUGCUAUGGAGAUGGAAAACUACCAUCAUAUGACGCUAAACCGACUGAUUAUAUCGGAGCUAUGAAUAUGAUUGGAAAAACGAUGUGUUAUAAAUGUGUAGAAAUCAAAUGUGGUAGUAAAUCUAUUAUUGUGAAGAUUAUUGACAAAUGUGCUACAUGUGGAAGUAGAAAUGAUAUUGAUUUGACCCUUGCAGCCUUUAAAGAACUUGCUCCACCUGUUAAGGGAAUUGUUCAGAUAUCUUGGCGUCCUCUUACUUCUUGCCCAAGUACGGGAAAAUGGCCAACUUUAGAAGAGAAAAAUAAAAAUUAA